GUUUACAGUAGUGCACUACAUAGGGAAUAGGGCCCUGGUUUACAGUAGUGCACUAUGCAGGGAAUACGGCUCUGGUUUACAGUAGUGCACUAUAUAGGGAAUAGGGCCCUGGUUUACAGUAGUGCACUACAUAGGGAAUAGGGCUCUGGUCUAAAGUAGUGCACUAUAUAGGGAAUAGGGCUCUGGUCUAAAGUAGUGCACUAUGCAGGGAAUAGGACUCUGGUCUAAAGUAGUGCACCAUGCAGGGAAUAGGGCCCUGGUCUAAAGUAGUGCACUAUAUAGGGAAUAGGGCCCUGAUCUAAAGUAGUGCACCUAUAUAGGGAAUAGGGCUCUUGUCUAAAGUUGUGCACUACAUAGGGAAUAGGGUGCCAUAGGGGGUUGAAAUGUCUUAAUCUCUGUUGUCUUCCUCCAGUACAUCUUGUCUGGAUCAGAUGACUUCAACCUUUACAUGUGGAGAAUCCCCAAGGAUCCUGAAGCAGGAGGCCCGGGUCGUGUGGUCAACGGAGCGUCCAUGGUCCUGAAAGGUCACCGUUCCAUCGUGAACCAAGUCCGGUUCAACCCCAGCACUUAUAUGAUCUGCUCCUCCGGGGUCGAGAAGGUCAUCAAGGCGUGGAGCCCCUACCAGCAGACGGAGAGUCUGGGAGACCUGGAUAGUCGUGUGGAGGAUAAGUCCAGGAGUCUGUACAGCCACGAGGAGUACAUCAACUUGGUCCUGAACAGCGGCAGCGGUCUGAGCCACGACUACGUCUCGCAGUCCAUCCAGGAGGAUCCUCGUAUGAUGGCCUUCUUUGACUCUCUGGUUCGCCGGGAGAUCGAGGGCUGGAGUUCGGACUCAGACAGUGACCUGAGUGAGGGGGCCAUCCUGCAGCUCCACGCCAGGGGACAACGCUCCACACGGGCUGUAGGAGACGGCGCCGGGGUCCUGGUUGGGAGUGGAGUCGCCACGCCUGUGCCGCCCUCUGCUGCUGCUACCGCCGACUCAGACCACUCCUCUUCGUCCUCAUUAGCUGCCCCCGAGGGGGCGGAGCAUCCUGAAGGGGUGGAGCCACUGCAGCCGAGGAGGCGUGGCAGCAGAUUUCAGCAGUCUGUGUUCUUAUUGGACCUGGUGGGAGAGGACUCUGACUCCAGUGGAUUCUGGCCAGACCCCAUGCCCCGGCCUCGCUCUCCCAGCCCCCGAGACAACUCCACCCUCUCCAGCCCCACCUCCUCCCCGGCCGGCGCCUCCUCUAGUUCCUCCUCUUCCACCUCCUCCACCAGCUCUGAGGACGAGGAGCAGAGGAGAGCCAGUAGGAGACAACGUACUGCAGCCCGGUGGCGCCGCAUGCACUUCCCCCGCCUGUCCAGUGGGGGGCGCCCCGAGUCCGCCCAGGCCUUGUACCCCGGGGGGGUCGACUCCUGCUCCUACCCCAAGAUCUCAAUCGACGAGGCCUCAUCCUCCUCCGCGUCCUCCACGGAGCUUCAGCAGGACCAGGACUCGGUUCAGAUCGGACCCCACAGAAGUGGCUCUAAAACGGGGAGACGCAAGACGCACACCCUCCCUGGUUCUAGCCCUGCAGUGUCUCUGGACAGCCAGGACGACCGAGCGGAGCAGGAGGGGCUCCUCAUCGCCUCCCUUCUGUCUCAAGACGCCCUGCAGCAGAGGAACGAGUCCCGGGCGGGAAGGGUUGGGGAGAGGAGGGCUGCUUUAGAGAGAAUGGCCGAGGGCUUAGAUAGUCCUGAAGAGGCCGACGAGUCAGAUCAUAGUCACUGGAUCUCCCCUAGUUCCAGACACCACAGCCCUGGGCUGAACGGGCUGCAGCACCUUGACAUGACUGAGGUGCCGGUAGGCUGUAGGGGUCGCCUGGCUCCAGACCUAUUUGAAUCCUCAGACUCCGAGGAAGAGAGAGAGACCUUAGAGUUGAAAUCAGCAGGCACUAGGACCCUGGUGGAGGAGGAGGAGGAGGCGGAGGAGGGGGGGUCGUCGUCGUCGUCUCAGAGAGGCCAAGCCCAGGGUGCGCUGAAACGGACUCACCUUGGGUCAAGAGGUCAAGGGUCAGGGGAGGGGUCAGGGGGGUCGGAGACCUCAGAGAAGAAGUUCAAGACAUGAUGAUUGCACCUGAGGUGCCAGGUGAUCGUUUGGUUAAGGACCCGUUACGUCUCAAAUGAUACCCUGUUCCCUACGGUGUACUACUUUAGGGCUACAGUAACCCGUAGGCUUUAAGGCUACAGUAACCCGUAGACUUUAGGGCUACAGUAACCCGUAGACUUUAGGGCUACAGUAACCCGUAGACUUUAGGGCUACAGUAACCCGUAGACUUGAGGGCUACAGUAACCCGUAGACUUGAGGGCUACAGUAACCCGUAGACUUGAGGGCUACAGUAACCCGUAGACUUGAGGGCUACAGUAACCCGUAGACUUGAGGGCUACAGUAACCCGUAGACUUGAGGGCUACAGUAACCCGUAGACUUGAGGGCUACAGUAACCCGUAGACUUGAGGGCUACAGUAACCCGUAGACUUGAGGGCUACAGUAACCCGUAGACUUGAGGGCUACAGUAACCCGUAGACUUGAGGGCUACAGUAACCCGUAGGCUUGAGGGCUACAGUAACCCGUAGGCUUGAGGGCUACAGUAACCCGUAGGCUUGAGGGCUACAGUAACCCGUAGGCUUGAGGGCUACAGUAACCCGUAGGCUUGAGGGCUACAGUAACCCGUAGGCUUGAGGGCUACAGUAACCCGUAGGCUUGAGGGCUACAGUAACCCGUAGGCUUUAGGGCUACAGUAACCCGUAGGCUUUAGGGCUACAGUACACCGUAGACUUUAGGGCUACAGUAACCCGUAGGCUACAGUAACCCGUAGGCUACAGUAACCCGUAGGCUACAGUAACCCGUAGGCUACAGUAACCCGUAGACUUGAGGGCUACAGUAACCCGUAGACUUGAGGGCUACAGUAACCCGUAGACUUGAGGGCUACAGUAACCCGUAGGCUACAGUAACCCGUAGACAUUAGGGCUACAGUAAACCGUAGGCUACAGUAAACCGUAGGCUACAGUAACCCGUAGGCUACAGUAACCCGUAGGCUACAGUAACCCGUAGGCUACAGUAACCCGUAGGCUACAGUAACCCGUAGGCUACAGUAACCCGUAGACUUUAGGGCUACAGUAACCCGUAGACUUUAGGGCUACA